CGAGGCAAAUUCAUCGCGUCGGGCGUCUCAGGCUUUGUGGAACUGACUAAUACCGGAACCAUCGUCAAGACUCCGAAUACCGGCCCGGAGUAUGAAGAAUGCAGGCAUGAGCUCUUUUUGGAGGCUGAGAUCUACCGCAUUCUCGGCCCCCAUCCACGUCUCAUCCGCGUCCUGGAUUGGGACGCGCAGAGAGAAGUAUUGACCCUGGAGUACAUGCGUCGCGGCACGCUGAAAGACUUUCUUGCAUCCCUUCCACCACACGAGUCUACGAGGAGCAAUUACGAUGAUCAAAUAUCACGUGAGCAGCGGCUGCGCUGGGCAGUGCAGUGCGCCGAGGGCUUGGAACUACUGCACAGUCACGGGGUGUGGCACUGCGAUUUCAAGCCGAAGAAUAUCCUCCUUGACCAUGAGGGAGGGAUUCGCAUUGUCGACUUCGGUGGCUCAUCUCUCCACAACUCAACUCCGUCAGCCCACCCGGGAUCCCGUUUCGCCCCGCCGUCGAAAGCUUUGGAAUGGGGCCUCCGUCAGGACUUGUUCUCGCUGGGCUCCAUGAUCUAUACUAUCAUGACUGGCGCUGAGCCGUAUGCUGAUCGGGGUUCAGAGGAGGUGGUGGAGUUGUUUGAACGGCAGUAUUUUCCGACUACAACGCAUUUACUUGGGGGCGAGAUCAUGAGAGACUGUUGGCUGGCGAGAGUGACUUCAGCA